AUGAAGGAAGACCCAGCUGUUAAAACGUUCAAAGGAACAUUCGAAGAAUUAAAGGCCCUUGUCCAGCAAUCACACAAACUAUUCGUUGUUGAUUUCUUCGCGAAUUGGGCUAUCCCUUCAAAACGAUUAUUACCACAUCUCUCAGAAAUUGCAAAAGAGCAUCCAGACGUAGAAGUAAUCAGAAUAGACAUAGACAAAAACGAAGAUAUAUCAGACCAUUAUCAAAUUGUCUCCGUUCCACAUAUCAAAUUAUUAAAAUCAGUCACAAAUAACGAUUUUAUGGAAGUAGCAUUCGUAAAUGGAUGCCAACCCGAUGCAAUCCGCUCAAAGAUUGCCCAAUUUAAUUAA